UCAAGACCACUUUUCUAACUUCAUGUGUUCCUCUUCCAUAGACCCCAACAAUUCUGAUAUGUUUUGCAGUUCUCUGAACUCACUAUGCUUUAAAUGUCUCUGUUCCUUUGUGCAUACUGUUCUGCAGCCUGGAAUGCCUUCUCCUUCCUAUCUGCUUGGCAGCUUAUACUUCUCUUUUACAGCAACCUUCCCCGCUGCUUCUUUGGCCUUUGUUCAUUUUUCUGUAGUGCAACUCUCACCAUAUAGUUUAUAAGUCAGUUUUGUAUGUCUGUUCCACCUGUUAAAUGGUGAGCUACUUGAAGGCAAGGCCUGUGUCUCAGUGAUGGAAAAAUGAAUGAGUGACAGAAUAAGAAUUGGAUACCUGGAGAAGAGGGGACAGUGAUAUUCCACCAUGGCUGGUUGUCAGUCAGGGAUCACAUUUGACUGCAAGAAUAGAGAUCUGCAUAAAGCGGCUUAAAGAGAUUAGGGGCUCAUUCUCUCAUGUGAAGCAAAUUUGGAGGUGUAAGUGCUUAAGUGCUGGUGUGGGAAGGUGCUCCCAUGUCAUCAGAAGCCCAGGCUCUCACUCUGCUCAGCCACCUUUAAUGCAUGGCUUCCUUCAUGGUAGCUUCAUGGCCCUGAAUGGCUGCUGUAGCUACAGCCAUUUCAUCCAUUCUAGACAUGAACUAAGAGUAGGUCAGUGAGUGAAGAAAAUUUCUUCUCUCCAUGAAGGCAGCCUCCUUUAAAAAGAUCUCUCAGGCCCUACCCAACAGUUCCACCUUCAUCUCAUCUGUAUUUUGAAGAGAGAUUUAUAUGGUAAUAAAUAUGGGUUAUUUGUACAUUUAAUUUAAAAUGACAUUUUUUUAAAAAAAACCAAUAGCUUUUACCUGUGAAUAUACUUUUCUUCAAAAAAGAUAGCAGUUGACCAGUAAGCACAUGAAAAGAUGCUCAGCAUCUUUAGUCGUCAUGGAAACACAAAUCAAAACCAGUGAGACAGGAUGGCACUGAAAUCAAAAGGACAUAGUAACAGGUGUCAGCAAAUGCAUGGAAAAAUUAGAACCUUCAUGCCCUGCUGCUGGGACUGUAACAUGGUGCAGCCGCUUCAGAAACCAGCCUGGCAGAUCCUCACAAUGUUGAACAUUGAGUUACCAUGUGACCCAGCAUUUCCAUUCCUAGGUACAUUCCCAAGAGAAUGAAAACACCUGUCCACAUAAAAACCUGUACAUGAAUGUUCAUAGCGGUACUAUUCAUAAUAGCCACAAAGUGGAAACAACCAGAGGGUCCAUCAAACAAUGAAUGGAUCAACUAAUUGUGGCUUAUCCAUAUAAUGGAAUAUUAUUCAGCUAUAAAAAUGAAUGAAAUAACUCAUAAAUGCUGUAACAUGGAUGAACCUCUAAAACAUGCUAAGUGAAAGAAGCCAGUCAUGACAGACCAGACACUGAUUUUAUUAAUGUGAAGUGUUCAGAACUGGCAAAUCUGUAGAGACUGAACUUGAUGAGUAGUGGCUUAGGGGUAAGGGGGAAUGGAGAGUAACUGCUAAUGGGUUUCUUCUGAGGGUGAUAAAAAUGUUCUAAAAUGAGGUCAUCGUGUUGGAUGCUUGAGUAUACUAAAAACCGUUGUACACUUUCCAAAGGGUGAAUUAUAUGGGAUGUGAGUUAUAUCCCAACAAGCCUGUUUUAAAAAUCAGCUUUUAUUCGAUCGUGAGACAUAUCUUCGAAGUUAACUCAAAAGGAAGGAACUGGUGGCGCAUAGGGUGGGGAGAAGUUCCUCAAACUAGUUAACAUUUCAGGGAUCGUAUUUGUGUUCUCUUCAUUUAAGUCCUGGCUUAAAAAAUCUGCCCUGCGUGGCCAGGGUCAGAUCCCUCUGGCUGGUUGCCCAGAUGACUGAGAUUCUGAGUCAUUUCUUUGUUCUGUAGACUUAUCAUUUAAAAAAUGAAUCUACUUUUCUGAGUUUCCAAAGCUGAAGAAUGGUGAUGCCAGGGGGUCAGCAAAUAGAUGUACGAAGCCACUUUAUCUGCAAAGCCGCAGGAUGUCACAAGGGUUUGCUCUAUGGGUCUCUUGUUCUUGGAGAUUUUGUUGCUGCUACAUGGGAGGAGGCAGUUCAGAGCCUGUGGGGAAGUCGUCAUCGUAUUUGGAAAGGGCUCUGCCAGGAGUCUGCAGUCUUCCUCAGCCUCUGAUUCCUUAACAGUGAAAACCAGAGAGAAAAUAGCUUUUUCACCCCAGGGUGGUCACACCAGAUCAUGGACAUGAACCUGUUGCAUAAACACAGGGUGUGUACCAGGGGUGCAGUCCAGGAAUGUCAAAUUUGGGGUGGCUCCAGAGGACAUGGUUUGGAAAGUGAAAGGUUGAGAAUUGUCUGGUGGAAGAAGAGGUUCAUGGGGUUGGAAGGCUGUGGUAACAAAAAUUGUUAGAAGAUGCCAGCCAGCAACCCUUCCUCCGCUCUAAAGUCCGGUGCUGCCAGGCCAAGUCUCACAUUAUCAGUGCUUACUUGGGGCCAUUUAAGUCAGAUACAGGGGCAGCUGGCCGGCACUGCAUGGGAAUGCUGACAUAUGGUCAGAGGGGGGACCCAGUCUGUCCUCUGCUCUAAGCUUUCCUUAGACCAGCCUUUCCUAUGUGUUCUGGAUUCUUAAGCAUCUUUUACAGAGGCUCAUAUUCUCCGAAAGCCCCUCAGGAAUGAAAAGAAAUAAAUCAUCAUUUUUGUGUAGCUCAAGAUCAAGAAGUGACUUUACAUUUUUGUCCAUGUAUUUUAGAUUGUAAUGUUACUAAAGAAUGUCCCAAUGGGAUUCAGAUCAGAUGAGUGAAACUUUCAGAUUUGAUUACAAAACUUUAGAAGUCUAUUUAUGGAUUUUUCUAGCCAUUUUUGUGCUCAUCAAAUUGUUCUUCACACUCCCUCUUCAAUCAAUGGUCUAUUUUUGGUAUAAAUUAAGAUACGAAUAGAACACAAUUUAGAAGUAUGUCAGGGUAAAAACCACUGCAGCAUUUAAUUGUGUUCAGCUGACCCUAACACAAGUAUGCUUAUCUGCCAACCUCACUGCCAUAUAUGUCCACUUGAUGCCAACCCUCAAGAAGUUCUGUUAAAGUGGGAAGAUAAUUGUCAUAGUUCAUCGAUUUUAAGGUGUACGUAUUUCCCAUUUAAACAGCUCUGAAAUUUUAAUAUAUCUCACAGCCUUUGUCAUCUUACAUUGAUUUUUUUCUUGUGAGAUGGUGCAUCUCAAUCAGUUACAUCACAUCUUAGAUUUAAUGAAAUGUGGCAAAUGAUAUUAGUCAUUGAAUUAAGAAAAUUCAUUCUCUUCAUGUUCUUUCCUGUCUGGCCUUGCUUGUACAUGUUGAAUAAUUCCAUGCCUGUCUUGCUUUGCAACCAGGAGCUUCCACCUCACCUUCCUCCACAGAGAGUCAGUGAAGCAUCUUUUUGUUUUUGCAGGUUUUUAUUAACAGACUACAGGUGGAUCUUCCAUCCUCAGAUCUCUAACGACAAAAGGUGUGGUGGGCCCUUUCUUCCUUCCCCAUCCUUUCCAUUCAUCUAGCCUUUGGGGUCCCUCCCUGGGUGCUCAGUUUGUCUGACUGUCCCUGGAACCAUUUUUGAGACGUGCUCAUGCCCAGGCCCUUCCCUAAGUGACUGACUAAUAAUACAGGUCUGCCUGAUGGUGUCUCUGGAAUGAGAAGGGAGGAUGGACAUCCCCUUGCCCUCUUUGUAGAGAGUGGCCAGUUGUUUCCUUAUCCUUCCUACAUAGGACCUGCUGGCUCAAUGACCUAUAAGGGCCAUUUUAGCACUUUCAUUCUGUCUGUCUCCAAGGCUUCACCUUAGUAAGAACUCGUACUGUCUCCACCUCUCAGGGUGGUUUGACUCUUUACCGCUGAAGAUCCUUCUUGUCUGGGAUGGAAUAUUACCUAGAAGCACACACGUUCCAGAACCAUGAACGACAGCAAGAGUAACCGAGAGGUGUACCAGCAGUACACUGUCAUGGCCCCCGGGCUGCUGGCCCGCAUCUCCAAACUGCUCAUUGUUUGCCGGAAUGCAGGUAUUUCUGUACCUAAGGGCAUCCGAAACAUCUUUGAGUUCACUUGGGAGGAGCUCAUCAGUGACCCCAUGGUGCCUGCCCCAUCUGACAUCCUGGGCCUAGAGGUCAGCAUUGGCACCCCAGCUGUGGUGCCUGUGGAUUCAGCGUCUGUGCAGGCCCCCAUCGAGAAGAAGCCACCACCCCCAGCACCACCUCCGCCAGUGCUGCCCACAUCUGUGGGGCCAGCCAAGUUCGCCCACUCUCCCACCCCACCAGUGCCCUCCAGCCUGGAGACCCUGCACAGGUUCCAUCGGCAGUCCAUUCACCUGCUGACAGAGCUGCUCACCCUGAAGUUGAAGGCCAUGGUGGAGUCCGUGUCUGUGGGUGCCAACCUCCUGGACAUCACCAGCCAGCUCCUCCACCUCAGAGCCAAGGAAAUGGCUUUCAACUAUCUGAUUGGUACUGUCGGGAGAAGUAGCUGUGGUGUUGGACAGUUGGGAAAAGAGUUCUUUAUGAUCAUCUCAGCCAUGGGAGUGAACUUGCCUUACCAGCUUAUCUACGAGUCCUCUACUGGCUGUCUGAGCUUUUCUCUCUCAACUGGAAGGGAAAUCAAGAAGAAAGCAGCCAAAGCAAAAAAUCUAGAAGAUGCAGUCAUGUUUUCCCAACAACGACGAGCUGGGACCUCUGCCUCUGACGUGAUCGAGUCCAGUGACCCCUGCUCUGAGGCCCGGGAGAAGCUGCAGGAGAUGUGUCACCACAUAGAAGCUGAAAAGGCCUUGUGGAAGGGGAGGAAUAUCUUCUACCCCAUGAUCUUACGCAACUACAGGGCAAAGAUGCCCUUUCAUCCAGUGUUGGCCCCAAAAGGGGACGCUCAAACCCCGAGCUCCUAUCACCCUCUCCUUCCGGGCAUGCAGACUCCCACUCCCACCCCUCACCAGCCUGCCGCCCACCAUCUGCACCUUGGCCGGCGUUCUCAGGACUGGAAGGCAUCCAAGAAGACCAUCAAGUUGCAUUAUGCCUUCUGUGAUGGGUCCUCCUUCGUUUACUAUCCUUCUGGAAACAUCGCCAUGUGUCAGAUCCCCACAUGCUGCAAAGGGAGAGCCAUCACUUGCCUCUUCAAUGACACACCCAGCUUCUCCUUUCUGGCUCUGUUCAAUGCAGAAGGCCAGGGCUGUGUUCACUACAACAUGAAGGCCCGGUGCCCGUAUGUCCUGAUCUUGGAUGAGGAAGGUGGGACCACCAAUGACUACAAGGGCUUUGUAGUCCACAAGUGGAGCUGGACUUCCAAGAUGGAGACUUUGGUGUCCCUGGAAUAUAAGGUGAAUGAGCAAAUGAAGCUGACGGUCCUGGGGCAGGACUCCAUCACGGCCACCUUCACCUCCCUGGGCGAGACAGUAACGCUCACCGUCUCAGCCAGCAACUGUCCCCACGGGGCAGCACACGGCAAACGGCUGGCCCACAGGAUCGGCAACUUGGACGACAAGAUGUCUAAGAUGAGCCGAGCCCUCGCAGAGAUCAAGAAGCGGUUUCGAAAGACAGUGUCCCUGUUCGUGAAUUCUGUCUUGCUGGCAGCAGGCCUGUUCACAUUAAAGUAUCCGCUUAAGGAACAGCGAGAAGUCAAUCGAACCAGGGUAAAAUCUGGUCUCCAUAUUGAGCGGAGCACUAAGCCAAGUUUACACCCUGGAGAAGCCCCUUUAUUACGAUCUCAGUCAGCCCGACCGGAAUCCUCAGUGGGAGACUCUUCGAAAGAAGAGCCGGGGUCUGCUCCUGUGAGCCCCACUCGGAAGAAGACCAAGAUCCAAGCCAAAGCCUCAGUCACAUCCAGAGGGAAGGCCCGGCAGGUGCGCAGCCCCACCAGGUGGACAGCCUCACCCUCUGACUGCCCGCUAUUGCUGCGGAAGCUCAUUUGCAAGGAAGACAUCCAGGCUGGCUGCAAGUGCAUGAUGAAGGCACCACUGGUAUCCGAUGUGGAGCUCGAGCACUUCCUGUCGGUGCCCCGAGAUCCCAGCCAGGUGCUAGUGGUCGGGAUUGUCUCAGGCCAGCACCCUGCCAGCACAGCAGAGCUUGAGUGGCUGCUUGACACACUCUACAGUCACCGCCAACAGGGCCGUGCCUCACCCUGCAUCCAGUGCCUGCACGACCCCUACCGCCUGCUGCACUACGACCUGCACAGCCCCCUGCAGAAGACGCCGCCCCUGCUGGUGCAGAAGUAUGCUGUGGUGCAGGGGAUGGUUCUGAUGUUUGCUGGAGGGAGGCUCCUCUUCGGAGGCUGCGUUUUGAAUGGAUAUGGCUUCAGCAGGGAGAAUCUGCUGAAACAGAUCUUCCAGGCUCGACAUAACUACAAGAUGGGCUACUUCCUGCCAGAGAACUACAAAUUUAGCAUUUCAGCCUCCAGUCCGGGCCUGGAAGACCCUGACUCAGCCAAGAGAGCAGUAUCAGAAGACAUCCAAGGAAGCUUCUCCUCGCUGGCCAUGGGGGAGAAGAUGGAGAAGUCCUCCCCUGAGGCUGAGAAAGUGAAACAGCUUGCAGUGGAUUUGCAUCAUCUCAGCAGCCCGAGGGACAGUAAAAAGAUAGCCACUUGGAAGAAACAGGCCUCCAAGGAGUGA